AUGGCGCCCAAACAAGAUACCGCGGCGUAUAUCAAGUCCAUCGCCGAGCCUCCUCCGCCUGGCACUCCCUACGCCCUGCCCGUCCCCGGCACCGAGCGCCCCAACCGCACUGCCGUCUACCGUCACUGGAAGCUCGUCAACAGCCCUCUCCUUGAGACCUUCGACCCGGCUCACCAGACCCUCCACGAUCUUUUCGAGGCCUCGGUUGAGAAGGUGCCCAACAAGAAGUGCUUGGGAUGGCGCCCAUGGAAUGCCGCCACCAAGACCUUCGAGCCCAAGUAUGUCUGGAUCCCCUACAAGGAGGUUGCUGAGCGGAGGAAGAACUUUGGCGCCGGUAUUGUCGCUCUCCACAAGUCCAUUGGCUUCACCGAGGAGAAGUACGGUGUUGGUUUGUGGGCGCAGAACCGUCCCGAGUGGCAGAUCACUGAGCUUGCGCUCAUCUCCCAGUCCCUGUUCCCCAUCUCUCUUUACGAGACUCUCGGACCCGAGACCACCGAGUACAUCAUCAACCACAGCGGCCUUACUGCCAUUACAUGCUCUGUGCCCCAUAUCCCGACUCUCCUCAAGCUUGCGCCGCGUUGCCCUUCCUUGAAGCUCAUCAUCUCCCUGGACCCUCUGGAUGCUGGUGAGCCCGCUGGCCACACCAAGCGCGAGCUCCUCAAUGCCGCCGCCGGCGGUGUGGGCAUCAGGAUCUUCUCCAUCGAUGAGGUUGAGGCGCUCGGUGUCAAGUCUGGCCUCUCCAUGAAGCCCCCCAAGCGUGAGGAUGUUCUCACCAUCAACUAUACCUCGGGCACCACUGGCGACCCCAAGGGUGUCCUGAUCACCCACGCUCAGGGUGUGGCCGGUAUUGCUGCCGCCCGCUCGAACCAGAGCAUUCUCUCCACCGACGUUCACAUCUCCUACCUUCCCCUGGCGCAUAUCUACGGUCGCAUGGCCGACCAGACCGCUCUGGCUGAGGGCGCCAGCAUCGGUUAUUUCCACGGCGACAUCGCUGGCCUGGUCGAGGAUAUGAAGAUCCUGCGCCCGACCGGCCUUAUGUCCGUCCCGCGCCUGUACAACCGCAUCAACAGCGCUGUUCAGGCCGCGACCGUCAACGCCGACGGUUUCAAGGGCACUCUCUCCCGCUACAUUGUGGAGGCCAAGAAGCAAAGCAUGGCCCUUCCCCACGGCAAGGCCACCAACAAGCACUUCCUGUACGACCGCAUCUGGACCAAGAAGGUUCUCAAGGGCGUCGGUCUCGACCGCGCCCGCACCAUGGUCAGUGGCUCCGCCCAACUUGACCCCGACGUGCACCAGUUCCUCCGUGCCGCCUUCGGUAACGAUUUUGUCCAAGGUUUCGGCAUGACCGAGUCGUACGCCACCGGCACUGUCCAGUCCGUACCUGACUACGACUACACGGUCGAAGACAAGCCGAACCCGCGCGGCGAGCUGCUCAUGCGCGGUCCCAUCAUGUUCAAGGAAUACUACAAGAACCCUGAGGAGACCGCCAAGGCGAUGGAUGCGGACGGCUGGUUCCACACGGGCGACAUCGUUGAGGUCGACAGCCUGGGCCGGUUCAAGAUUAUCGACCGCAAGAAGAACGUGCUCAAGCUGGCCCAGGGCGAGUACAUCUCCCCUGAGCGCAUCGAGAACGUGUACAUGGCCAGCACCAACCUGAUCGCCAUGGCGUUCGUGCACGGCGACCCCAAGGAGAGCAGCCUGGUGGCCAUCUUCGGCGUCGACCCCAUCACCUUCGCGCCCUACGCCAGCAGGAUACUCAAGAAGAACAUUUCCCCUGACAACCUCGAGGAGCUCAAGCAGUCCGCCAACGACCCCCCCUAUGAGAAGGUCAAGAAUGUGUACCUGGACAUUGAGCCGUUUACGAUUGAGAACGAGCUCUUGACACCAACUCUCAAGCUCAAGCGUCCUCAGACCGCCAAGAAGUUCAGAGCCGAGAUCGACCGCAUGUACGAGGAGAUCAACGCCGCUGCCCAGAACAAGUCUAAGCUAUAG